AUGGCGGCGGCUCGGCGGGCGCGGGCGGGCGGCGGCGGUGCGGGGCCGGGGUUCGGGCGGGUGGCCGAGCCGCCGCCGGUGCCGCAGGGGCUGCUGCGGCUGGCGCGGCGCAGCGGCCAGCUCAACCUGGCGGGACGCGGCCUCACCCACGUGCCUGAGCACGUGUGGAGGAUCAACCUGGACACGCCGGAGGAAGCCCAGCAGAACCUGUCCUUUGGAGCUGCCGAUCGCUGGUGGGAGCAGACGGACCUGACCAAGCUGAUCCUGGCCUCCAACAAGCUGCAGAGCCUCUCGGAGGAUGUGCAGCUGCUGCCUGCCCUCACCACGCUGGACGUGCAUGACAAUCAACUGACAUCACUUCCUUCUGCUUUAGGGCAACUUGAAAAUCUCCAGAAACUUGAUGUCAGCCACAACAAACUGAGGAGCCUUCCCGAGGAGCUGCUGCAGCUGCCGCGCCUGAGGAGCCUCCUGGUGCAGCACAACGAGCUGAGCCAGCUGCCCGAGGGGCUGGGGCAGCUCCUCAGCCUGGAGGAGCUGGACGUGUCCAACAACCAGCUCACAGCCAUCCCCACCAGUUUUGCUCUGCUGGUGAACUUGGUGAGGCUCAACCUGGCCUGCAACCAGCUCAAGGAGCUGCCUGCAGAUCUCAGUGCCAUGAAAAGCUUGAGGCAACUGGAUUGUACCAAAAAUUACCUGGAAACGGUCCCUCCUAAAUUAGCAAGCAUGGCAUCCCUGGAGCAGCUUUACCUGAGGAAAAACAAACUGCGCUCCUUGCCAGAGCUUCCCUCCUGCAAGCUACUGAAGGAGUUACAUGCUGGGGAGAAUCAGAUAGAAAUCCUGAAUGCAGAGAAUCUGAAGCAGCUGAGCUCCCUGUGUGUGCUGGAGCUCAGGGACAACAAGAUCAAGGCAGUGCCCGAGGAGAUCACAGUGCUGCAGAAGCUGGAGAGGCUCGACCUGGCCAACAAUGACAUCAGUAGGUUGCCUUACACCCUGGGGAACCUCCCUCAGCUGAAAUUCCUGGCCCUGGAGGGAAAUCCUUUGAGAACCAUUCGGAGAGACCUGCUGCAAAAAGGCACCCAGGAGCUGCUGAAAUAUCUGAGAAGCAAAAUCCAAGAUGAUGGACCUGGCCCCAAUGAAGAGCCUCCUGUGACAGCCAUGACUCUUCCCAGCCAGUCCAAGGUCAACAUCCACGCCAUAACCACACUGAAAUUAUUGGACUACAGUGACAAGCAGGCUGCCGAGAUCCCCGAGGCCGUGUUCGAUGCCGUGGGCGCCAACCCCGUGGCCACCGUCAACUUCAGCAAGAACCAGCUCAGGGAGAUCCCCCCAAGGCUUGUGGAGCUGAAGGACUCAGUUUGUGAUGUCAGCCUGGGCUUCAACAAAAUCUCCUCCAUUUCCUCGGGGCUGUGCCUGCUCCAGAAGCUGACACAUUUGGAUCUCAGAAACAAUCUUCUGACAGCCUUGCCUGAGGAAAUGGAGGCGCUGAAAAAACUGCACACAAUAAAUCUUGCUUAUAAUAGAUUUAAGGUGUUCCCCAGUGUCCUGUAUCACCUGCCAGCCCUGGAGAACAUCCUGCUCAGCAACAACCAGGUGGGAUCCAUCGACCCUGUGCAGCUGAAGGGGCUGGACAAGCUGGGAACGCUGGACCUGCAGAACAAUGACCUUCUCCAGGUGCCCCCAGAGCUGGGCAACUGUGAGAGCCUCAGGAGCCUGCUGCUGGAGGGGAACCCGUUCCGCACGCCCCGCGCCGCCGUGCUGGCCAAGGGCACGGCUGCUGUGCUGGAGUACCUGAGGAGCCGCAUCCCCUGCUGAGCCUGGGCACUGCCCUGAGCCCUGGGCACUGCCCUGAGCCCUGCCUGGGCACUGCCACCUCAGCCUGGGCAUUCCCACCUCAGCCCCGAGCCUGCCUUGGCCAAGGGCACGGCUGGAGUACUUGAGGAGCCGCAUCCCCUGCUGAGCCUGGGCACUGCCCUGAGCCCUGGGCACUGCUCCUGAGCCCUGGGCACUGCCCUGAGCCCAGGGCACUGCUCCUGAGCCCUGGGUAUUCCUCCUGAGCCUGGCCUGGCCAAGGGCACGGCUGCCGUGCUGAAAUAACUUUGGAGCUGCAUUCCCACUGAGCCCUGGGCAUUCCCACUGAGCCCUGGCCAUUCCCACUGAGCC